AUGGCGCAGGCUCAGGAGGUCAACGACCCCAUUGGAUCCAUCCUAAUUCAGGUUCAUGAGGACCUUCAUCAGUUAAAGGAGAAAUUAAUACAAUUCUCAGCUGAGGAGACAAGAGACCCUCUAGACAUUCAAAAUCUUGAGACAGCAAUCCAAAGGACUGAAAUGGGGUUAAAGAUUCACAUCGAUAAGUAUCUAGGUGUUGUAAACCAAGAGGUGUUAAUGGCUCCUGUGAACAAAAGCCUAGACUCUCCCAUCACCUCCAAAUGGUCGAUUCCAACUGUAAUUGACCAGAAAUCCUUUAUUUUCCCCAUGGAUUAUGAUAAACGUUGGCAACAUCAAAAACAUCGCGGUUCACUUCCACGUGGCCUUACAAGAGCAAAGCCAAAGAUACAGAUGAACACGAAGAUCAUGCAGGACCCUGAGAACAUGCACCACAGAGCUGCUGUAAAUGCCAACUAUGGGAUCAGUUUGCCGUAUAUUAACCAAAGGAAAGCACAAGAUAAGGUUCAGCGGUUAAUAAAAGGGUCCACGAUCUCCAACCUCACAGUCCUGCCGUCCUCUCAUCGCACUGACCCCCAUUUUAUCCCCAUACCCAUCUUGCAAAAGGAUGCCAGUAAAGGCAUCUUAAGUAUGAUUGAACGAGGGCUGAUCCCCCCAACAGCGAGAAUUACCUUUCAGAAUCCACCCAUUAAACCCAAAGCAAUUCCUCUGCAUAAUUUUGAUGAGCAUCAUAAGAUAUCGGUGGAAGCCUCCUUUCCUCUAGCUCACAAGCCACGCACAGUUCCAGAACAAGGGGAGGAGUCCCACCAGAAACCAAAACCCAAGGGGAAAGCCAAAAGGUCAAGAGGACAAGCCGGUAGGAAGGGCAUGAAAAUUACUACACCAUCUAAGUCUAGGAAAUCACCCUGGGAUUAUAUCUUUUCUGUUUACAACGGCUCUGUAGACAGGACAGCCCCAAGCUUUAUAGCAUUCAAGACACGUUUCAAAUUAAUCUGGGGGAGUAUUUUUUCUUUCCUGGAACAAAUUGAGAAAUUUCUCAAGGACUAUGCAAUAUCAGAAGCCAAAAUAAAAGGGAGGAGUCUGGUGUCCCUGCUUCCGGAGUUUGAGCUGAAGAACAAACUAACGAGAGACGAUGUCCUGGCGGUGUUAGAGAACCCAUUUCACAUCCAGAUGCUCCUGAACCUUCCGGGACAGAGGUACAAGGGCCAAGAUGGGAAAACCAAAGCUGCCAUCAGGAUCCAAGCCACGUGGAAAAGUUAUAAGGCGAGAAGUUGCUUCAUUUCUUAUCGCCAGAAGAAGUGGGCCUCAGGUGUGAUUGCCCUGGCGUGGCUUUUACAUUGCCACAAGACAAGACUAAAGAGGAUAGUGAAGGAAUCCCGACAGAGACACCUGGAGAAUUUCCGCAUUCGAGCCAAGCAUCUGGCAGCCAACUGGAGUCGCAUCAGGACCUCCAGGAGGACUAUUAUCCAUAUACCAUCAUUAGGAUAUUCCCAGUCUGUGCGAAAACACAUUUAUGAUUUGGAUGUAGAACAGAACAUGCAGUUGGGGAGGCUGUGUGACAUCCUAGAUGCCAACGUCAAUGUCAUCUACAUCUGUUCCCAUCCUAUGAACGAUGAGCUAAAGCUGUACUACAGAAAGCUCCUGAGUCUACAAGCGGCUGUCAAAACGGGGUACUAUGGGGAUAGGACUGACCUGCAGAACAGGUUCAGAAUUAUCACCCCUGAAGCUGUAAACAUCUUCACUAAGCAUCACAUGUGCCUGGCCACUCACCUGAUGUACAGUCCCAAGGCAAUCAAAAGAAUAAAAAACCUCAUCCAAGGAGAAGAGGCCUACAUCGUGGGCGGGAUCCUCCACAGAGACGACUUAGCUGUGGCUGAUAUGUUGAAUGUGCCCAUCCUGGGCUCAGAGCCUGAGCUAGUUCACCUGUACAGUGCCAAGUCUGGGAGUAAACGGAUCUUUGAUAAUGCUAAUGUGCCAAUGCCUCCUGGAAUAUAUGACAUCUAUACUUACCAACAGAUGAUCGAACAGUUGAGCCAGUUGGUGACUGAUAACCUGGCCAUCCGACGCUGGGUCUUUAAAAUGAACACAGAAUUUGGAGGAAAUGGGACAGCAUUUUGUGACAUCCCUUCCCAUCUGCAGUGCUACACCUGGGUGCUGAAGGAGAGGAACAGAUUCGGCCAUGAGGACUGGAAGAAGAAGUGGGCACAAGAGUCAGCUCUGGUGAAGAUCUCUGAGGAGCUGGCAGGCAUUUUAGCACAGCACGUACAGCUAGUCAAUGAGAAACGGUUCCCGACAUGGAGGAAAUUCCUCCACAUGUUUCUCACUCAAGGUGGUGUGAUUGAAGCAUACCCACCUGCUGACAGCGUCACCAACCUCACCGUAGACAUGCUGAUAGAGCCCGAUGGAGAAGUCAGGGUGCUGUCAAUGGGGGACCAAUUUCACGCUGAUGGCCCCUUUAUUUCUUCUGGUACCACCAUGCCUCAGACCUCAGUGGAUCCACAAGUUCUCAAUUCUUUGUGCCUCCAAAUUGGAAAUAUCUGUAAAGAGAAAGAUGUGGUUGGUUAUUUUUCUAUAGAUCUGGUGACUUUUAUUGAUCCAAGCACCUUAGAACAGCAGGUAUGGACAACAGGCCUCAACCUCUCAUACAGUGACCAACUAGCCAUGACGCAGCUCACCCUGUACCUGACAAAUGGCCAUCUGAAUUGUAGUCUGAGCACCCUGGAAGUGCCCCGUUUUAAAGAAGAUGCAGAAAGGGAAAAGAAGCGCCUUAGCAUCCAGGCAGAGCUGGCACCAGAAACCUGUCGCUAUGCAGUGAUGUCCACCCAGCUGAAGCACGACAAUCUCUCGCUAAUCUUCUAUUACGUUUUUCUUCAGAUGUGUAAGGCCCACGGCAUUGGCUAUGACCUUGAGGACAGACAAGGAACCGUUUUUAUAUUAUAUGAAUCUCUGAAGAGAUACAAGUUGGGCAUGUUAACAAUCGGUGUGGAUCUCCAGGGGGUCCUCAUGACCUUUGCUCGCAAUCUCUUCAUCAUCCAUCAAGAAAUAUCAGCACCUAAUAUGCAAGGCGAGACCAAUUUUAAGACUACCAUUGAUGAUAUUGAAACCAUUUUAGGAGUAACAGAAGAAAAUAAAAUGAUAUUUGUAGGAGAAAAACGGCGCAAAGAUGAGGAAGAUAGCCUGUAUGAGCCUGUUGAUAUACACUCAAAAACAGUAUGACUUUGGAUACCCAUCUAGAGCAAGAAAGAAUGCUUGCUUUGCAAUUAGUAUAAAAGUGGGGAAGUUAGUUUGCUUUGCUUGCCAAGAGGUAAAUCAGAACAAAUUGUAUAAUAGUCUUUAAAAUCUUGCUUAUUACACAAUGGCAUUUUACUCAUUAAACUUAAACCUACUGGUGUUUUCACUGUGAGUGCUAAGAAUCCUUUCCUCCUCCCAAAGUAGCCACAAAGGAGUGAGGGGGAGGGGGGAGGCAGAGGAAGGUUUUGGCCCACUGCUGCAUCUGCUUCUCUAUGAAUUUGCAACUGUGUGAGUCACUCUUGCUUUCUUGUGUUUUAUAAAUUUUCUCUUGCUUCCAAAAGCCACUUAGCUUUUGCACUUAAAACACUGAAUAAAACAGAAUGAUCACUAUUUGUCAAAACACAAAUGUCAUGUCUUCUUUUCCCAAAAUAAAUGACAUCAGUUUUAAAUGA